UUCCAUUUCCCUCCCCCACCAUGGGAUUUCUCCCCCUCCCCCUCCCCCUCCCCGUCCUCCUCCUCCUCCUCUGCCCCGCCGUGCUCCGCUCCGGCGCGUCGCCGGCCGCAGAUAACAUCGUCAGGCAGCUCUCCUCGGUGGUGAAAUGGCCGCGGGCUCCCGCCUCCUCCCACGCGCACAAGCAGCCCUCCCACGCCCAGUACGAUGGGGGUGUAGCGCUGCAAUUUGAGAGUGGCUACUUUGUGGAGACCCUUGUGGAAGGGGACAAGCUUGGUGUCACGCCUCACACCAUUAGGGUGUCCCCUGUUGAGGGUGGAGAGCUCCUUGCAGUUGACUCGGCACAUAGCAACAUUGUGAGAAUAACUCCGCCACUGUCCGAGUAUAGCAGAGGAAAACUGGUUGCUGGUUCUUUCCAGGGGCAUUCUGGCCAUAUAGAUGGUAAACCAAGUGAUGCACGAUUCAAGCGCCCCACAGGCGUCGCUGUGGAUGAUACAGGAAAUGUCUAUGUUGCUGAUACAGCAAACUUAGCAAUUCGAAAGAUUGGGGAAUCAGGAGUGACCACCAUUGCUGGUGGAAAAUCAAAUAUCCCAGGGUAUAGGGAUGGUCCAAGCGAAGAUGCAAAGUUCUCUACUGAUUUUGAUGUGGUAUAUGUGAAGAAAAUGUGCUCUUUGCUGGUUAUUGACCGUGGAAAUGCUGCACUUAGGAAAAUUGCCCUUCCGCAAGAAGAUUGUACUUACCAGGAUGCAACUCUUCUAUCGUCAGAUAUCAUACUGGUCAUUGGUGCUGUUGUUGCUGGAUAUCUUUUCUCUGUUGUGCAACAUGGAUUUGGUUCAUCAACUGCUGAAAAGAUAGAAGCACCUGAAGAUGAGCAUCAGGAGAACAGCACCGUGGGAAAGCCACCUUUGGUUGUGGAGAGCCUGAAAGAGGAGCCAAGUGCUGGAUGGCCUUCUCUUGGGACACUUAUUGGUGAUCUACUGAAACUUGUCAUUGAAGGAGUGGGGAAUCAGCUUCUCAAGCUCGUCCCAUCACGCCUGCAACAUGGGAAGAGAAAAACAGACCUUACUCCUCUCAAAGACAGGCUUGUGAUGCCUGAAGACAGAGAGGAGACCCCAAUAGCCCAGAAGUUAAGUAGCACUCCAAUGAGGCCUGAGACGCUCCAUAAUCCUAGCACAGUAAACGAAACAGCACCAAAGGCCCAGAAGAGUGUAAAAUCAUCCAAAUUUAGGGAUUCUACACUGUCAAGCAAGCACAGGUCUUCCAAGAGACAGGAAUACUCAGAGUUCUACAGUUCAUCUGAAACUCCUCAAGUGAGCGCAAAGGUCCCGAAAGACCGGCUACGACACCGUCACCGAGAGAAGAGUGGGGAAGCUGCUUAUGGGACUAGUCAUCCGGAGCCCAAGCGCACGGAAGUGAAGCCCUCAGACUACAGUGACCCAAAGUAUGAUCCCUACAACAUUAGAAGCAGAUAUGGUGCUGAAAGUGGCUACAGGUACUGAUGCCCGGUUCUUUUGCUAUCGUGCGGCAUCUAUCUGCCCUCAGUUUCCAUGAGGCCCUGCGCAAAAGCACAAAGCAGCAACAGCAGCAGCUGCUGCUUAUGGGUCAUUUUCUCACCAGUUGUAACCACUCAUAAGAUGCGGCAGCUGGGCAUUCUAGUUAGGUGGUGAUCCGACAUCAGUUUGGCAUCCGGAAUCCCUCUACACGAUUCAGGGGAAGCCAAAAUGUAUUUUUUUUUUCGCAGAAAGCAACCUGUAGCCUAGUAGUAAUUUUGAUCUGCUCAAUACCUUCCUAUUGCCUCCUGAGUUCUGGUCUUGCCAUGCAUGACAUGUACAAUACUACUACUAAUCUCUUGCCUGUUACUAUUACCAUGCAUGGGCCAUCUGUCAUGGCAGGUAAGUCCAAUGUCAACCCAGCCGAAAUGCAGCAUCUCCCUAGUUCUUCCUGAGCUGUCACUGAAAGUGAGGUCUCAUUUCUUCCCUCUCUUUCAUUAUCCAUUGGUCCUACUAAUACUCUGCAAACCAAGAUGCUGACUAGACAGUCCUGGAAAGACUGCGCCUGUGUGCGCGUGUUGUCAAUUUCUGAGUCCAGCACCAUUAUUCAGAAAUUCAGAAUAAUUCAGAUUUCUGACUCCAUGGGCGGCCAAAGUUUGAUCAGAUCCUCCCAUGUGAAGGAGAAUACGAGGCGUGCCCGCGUGACAAAGCGUGGUUUCCUUUGAAGGAUUCUGACGUGCGAGCACCAGCAGCAGUCAACAGGAUGCUGGGGUCCGAACAAAAAACGAAAGCUGGAUGUUCUUCGACGACAUGGCCAAUGCAUC